GAAGUUGUGUUGCUACGCCAAAUUUUUUUUUUUAUAAAUACACUCAAAAUCCCCAAGUUUAUUAUUUUCUUCAAUUCAAUAAAUUCAUCGAUACAACAAUAUAUUAACCGAAACAAAACUAUGGCUUCCCAAAAUAAUUUUGAUGAUGUUUACGAACCCGAAUCUACUAACAGGUUUGACCAACCAAACCUAAACGAUACAUAUAGCAAUCAGCAAACCAUGUUGAAUAAUAACGGUAUUACUACUGAUCAAAAUCACCACCCUUCAAGCAUUUAUCAUCAACCUAUAAUUAAUGUCGCCCCAAAUAAUAAUAAUGACAAUAUUCCCCCUAAUAAUAAUAAUAAUCAGCCAUAUGGUAGCGAACAAACUCGUAAUUAUCAACAAUCUACAUCUGAAAACAUUUCGCCUCAACAACUUUUCCCAGAUGUUCAAAAUCCACUUCAGUAUAAUAACUUUAGUAUUAGUUCCCAACGAACAUUUGUUUUUAACUUAUCAACAAUUAAUCCAGAUACGCUUCAGCAAAUUUGUACUGCUCUAAAUAAUAAUACUCCUCCUUCGACAAAUAACUCGUCUCAAUCUCAACAAUAAAUUCUUAAUUUACGAUAUAUAUAUAUAUAACUUGUGUUUAUCAUAUAAUACUGUAGGGUUUAUCCUAUAAUACUGUAGGGUUUAUCCUAAAGUUUUCAUAUUUGCAUGAAUCAUUAUGAUACUGUGACAUUUCGUUCUUUAUUUUCUUUAUUUUCUUACAUAAUUAUGGUUAACACUAUAUUUUUUAUUUAUGAUUAUGAUUUUUGAAUUUUGAAUAAUUUUUAUUUAAAAAAAUUAUUUACAUAAAAUUAUUUUAAGAAACAUAUCACGAUUUUUUUACACACGUUUGAUGGCGCAGUAGAUUACAUACUAUUGAUCUACUAUAAAUAGUAAUUGUAACUCAAACAAGCCAAAACAUGUGAAUAUGCG